AUGACGCCUGACAGGUCCCCAGAGGAAGCCCCUGAGGGAGACACAAGGAGGACAGGGUGUAAGCCCAAGGUGAGAGAUGCUUUCAAAGACAUUUCCAUAUACUUCUCCAAGGAAGAAUGGACAGAGAUGGGAGACUGGGAGAAAAUUCGUUACAGGAAUGUGAAAAGGAACUAUGAUGCACUGCAGGCUAUAGGUAACAAGAACCCCUGACCAGCCUUCAUGUGUCGCCGUAGGCAGGCCAUCAAACCUCAGGUUAAUGACUCUGAGGAUUCUGAUGAAGAAUGGACUCCAAGGCAGCAAGUCCAACCUUCUUGGGUGGCCUUUGGAGUGGAACAGAGUAAACACCAGAAGGCAAUGCCCAGGGUGCCAUUGAGCAAUGAACCCAGUUUGAAGGAAUUGUCAGUAAUAGCAAAUCUGCUGAAGGCAAGUGGCUCAGAACAGGACCAGAAACCAGUGUUCCCUCCUGGAAAAGCAAGUGCCUCCAGACAGCACUCUAGACAAAAGUUGGGACUCAGAAGAAAGGGGGUUGAAGUGAAGAUGUACAGCCUCCGAGAAAGGACGGGCCGUGUGUACCAAGAGGUCAGCGAGCCCCAGGAUGACGACUACCUGUAUUGUGAGAAGUGUCAGAACUUCUUCAUCGACAGCUGUGCUGCCCAUGGGUCCCCCAUAUUUGUAAAAGACAGUGAAGUGGACAUUCGGCAUCCCAACCGCUCAGCCCUCACUCUGCCCCCUGGGCUGAGAAUCGGGCCAUCGGGCAUCCCUGAGGCUGGGCUUGGAGUCUGGAAUGAGGCGUCCGAUCUACCACUGGGUCUGCUCUUUGGCCCCUAUGAGGGCCAGGUCACAGAGGACGAAGAGGCAGCCAACAGCGGGUACUCCUGGCUGAUCACCAAAGGGAGAAACUGCUAUGAGUAUGUCGAUGGGAAGGAUGAGUCCCGGGCCAACUGGAUGAGGUAUGUGAACUGUGCCCGCGACGAUGAAGACCAAAACCUGGCUUGCACAGAACCAAAGCCAGCGAUCCAUCCGUGCCCUUCCUGCUCUCUGGCCUUCUCCGGUCAGAAAUUCCUCAGCCAGCACAUGAAACGCAGUCACCCCUCUCAGAGCCUCCCAGGAAUAUCUGCGAGAAAACACCUCCAAUCUAAGGAGCCCCAUCCAGAGGAUCAGAGUCAGCAGCAGCACAAUGACCCACGCAGCUGGAAUGACAAAGCUGAAGGUCAAGAGGUCAAAGAAAGGUCCAAACCUUUGCUUGAAAGGAACAGGCAGAGGAAGAUUUUUAGGGCCUUUUCCAAACCACCCAAAGGACAAAUGGGGAGCCCUAGGGAGUGUGAGCAAAUGAUGGAGGCAGAGCCCAGCACAAGCCAGAAAGUGAAUCCAGAGAACACAGGGAAAUCAUCUGUGGGAGUAGGAGCGUCAAGAAUUGUAAUAGUCAAGUACGGAGGGUGUGAGCAUGGCUUUGAUGAUGGGUCACAUCUCAUCAUGCACCAGAGGACACACUCAGGGGAGAAGCCCUUUGUUUGCAGCGAGUGUGAGCGAGGCUUUACACAAAAGUCACAUCUCAUCAGACACCAGAGGACACACUCAGGGGAGAAGCCCUUUGUUUGCAGGGAGUGUGCACGAGGGUUCAGUGAAAAGUCAAGUCUCAUCACGCACCAGAGGACACACUCAGGGGAGAAGCCCUUUGUUUGCAGGGAGUGUGAGCGAGGGUUCAAUGAAAAGUCAAGUCUCACCAUGCACCAGAGGACACACUCAGGGGAGAAGCCCUUUGUUUGCAGGGAGUGUGAGCGAGGGUUCAAUGAAAAGUCAAGUCUCACCAUGCACCAGAGGACACACUCAGGGGAGAAGCCCUUUGUUUGCAGGGAGUGUGAGCGAGGGUUCAAUGAAAAGUCAAGUCUCACCAUGCACCAGAGGACACACUCAGGGGAGAAGCCCUUUGUUUGCAGGGAGUGUGAGCGAGGGUUCAAUGAAAAGUCAAGUCUCACCAUGCACCAGAGGACACACUCAGGGGAGAAGCCCUUUGUUUGCAGGGAGUGUGAGCGAGGGUUCAAUGAAAAGUCAAGUCUCACCAUGCACCAGAGGACACACUCAGGGGAGAAGCCCUUUGUUUGCAGGGAGUGUGAGCGAGGGUUCAAUGAAAAGUCAAGUCUCACCAUGCACCAGAGGACACACUCAGGGGAGAAGCCCUUUGUUUGCAGGGAGUGUGAGCGAGGGUUCAAUGAAAAGUCAAGUCUCACCAUGCACCAGAGGACACACUCAGGGGAGAAGCCCUUUGUUUGCAGGGAGUGUGAGCGAGGGUUCAAUGAAAAGUCAAGUCUCACCAUGCACCAGAGGACACACUCAGGGGAGAAGCCCUUUGUUUGCAGGGAGUGUGAGCGAGGGUUCAAUGAAAAGUCAAGUCUCACCAUGCACCAGAGGACACACUCAGGGGAGAAGCCCUUUGUUUGCAGGGAGUGUGAGCGAGGGUUCAAUGAAAAGUCAAGUCUCACCAUGCACCAGAGGACACACUCAGGGGAGAAGCCCUUUGUUUGCAGGGAGUGUGAGCGAGGGUUCAAUGAAAAGUCAAGUCUCACCAUGCACCAGAGGACACACUCAGGGGAGAAGCCCUUUGUUUGCAGGGAGUGUGAGCGAGGCUUUACACAAAAGUCACAUCUCAUCACGCACCAGAGGACACACUCAGGGGAGAAGCCCUUUGUUUGCAGGGAGUGUGAGCGAGGCUUUACACGAAAGUCAUAUCUCAUCACGCACCAGAGGACACACUCAGGGGAGAAGCCCUUUGUUGGCAGGAAGUGUGUGCGAGGCUUCAGUGUGAAGUCAAGUCUCAUCAAGCACCAGAAGACACACUCAGGGGAGAAGCCCUUUGUUGGCAGGGAGUGUGAGUGA